AUGAUAUUCAGAAAGGGUACUAAACAUGCUGAACGAGUUAUGAAUACAUCAAAGUCAUCAGUGUCUAUUAUGUUUUCAUGUUCUGCUGAUGGUCUAUUUCUUCCUCCAUAUACAGUGUAUAAAGCUGAGCGUCUAAUGGACACAUGGAUAUUUGGAGGUCCAAUGGGUGCACGAUAUAACCGAACAAAGUCUGGUUGGUUUGAUAGUCACUGUUUUAUAGAUUGGAUGCAAACAUUAGUAAUACCUUACUUCAGACAUGUUGACAAUGACGCACCAAAAAUUCUCAUUGGUGAUAAUUUAGCAUGCCAUUUGUCUAUUGAGGUUAUAGAAAUUUGUGAGGCUAAUAAUAUUUUGAUGGUCUUUUUACCUCCAAACAGUUCACAUUUGCUUCAACCUCUAGAUCUUACAGUUUAUGGACCCAUGAAAUCAACAUGGAGAAAAGUGCUUACUGCAUGGAAAAUUGGGGAAGGGAGGUUUCAUACAUCCCUACCAAAAAAUGUUUUCCCGAGAUUGCUCCUUAAUCUAAUAUCUAAUAUAGACCACAUACAAGAGUUUGCUGUAAAUGGGUUUAAAACAUCUGGUAUCUACCCGCUAAUAAGAAAAAAAAAUAUUGACAAGAUUUUAAGAGCAGACAUUUCAACAUCCUCUCAAAACUUAGUAUCCCCGUUAGUUCUUGAACGUCUUAAAGAACUUAGAGAAGCAUCUGCUAAAAAACCUGGGGCAGUGUUGCGUGGGAAAAAAGUCAAGGUUUCACCGGGAAAAAGUGUUUCACUGGAUGAUUUUGCAGUUUCUUCUGUUUUAAAAUCCCAAUCAAAACGCUAG